AUGCCUGCUUAAAAAAUAAUUAUACGUUCAUCCAGUUCCAAUAAAAACUCCAAUUCAUCCAAAGGGUUCAAUUACACUUAAUCUAAAGUAUGAUGGAAAUUAAUGAUAGGUUUUCGAGAAGUUGGUGAAUCAUCAAAAAAAUCGAUAUAGUCAGGAGGAUGACAAAUAUUAACAAUAUUUUGAUCAUCUAGGAGGUAAUUGAUGAUGUUUACUCGAAUAGGAUAAUGCUUGUGUACCCUAUGUAAUUGCGGGAAACAUCAUUGCAAUGGGAAAAAUUGUCUCAACAAGCCAAAUCUCCAUCUUAAUAAAUCUAUAUAUUAAUAAGAAUUUGUGCAAAAAAACCCUGGCCAAUGCUCGCAUUACAACUAAAACCUAUACUUAAACCCCAAAUAGGAAGGGGAAAUAAAAAGAGUUACAACUUAUAAAGUAUGUUGAUAAUCAUCAAAAUAGCAUGAUUAUCCAGGAUAUUUAUCAAGUGUACAAUUACAAAAAGGACCUAAAUCGAACAAUACGAAUUAUGGAUCUUUUUCAGGAAUGUCUACAUACAAUAAUAUGUUUAAAAAUUGGGGAGUGGGAGACACACCAUAAUUGAUGCCCCAGAACAAUCCAACCAUUAUUUAAAAUCUUCCCUUCUCAGGCAGAAGCAAUUACAGAGAUCAAUUUUAGGAGUUCAAUGUUGAACCUGCUAAAAGCACUAAAGGACUCUAUUAGCAAAAGUAUUACAUAAGUGUAACCACUUAGAUCGCCCCUGUCCCCACCAGAUAUCAAAUUUACUGCAACCUCAAUAGCCAAGUCCUCAUACAUACCAAUUGAAACUGAAAGAGCACAACAAUAACAAGCCAAAAAACUUCAAUUAUAGCCUCUCAAUCCAUCUUACAGAGGACAAUAUAAUACUAUGUAUUGCAAGGAAUUUGAUUCCAAAUUCCCAAGACCUUGUCCUGCUAAAGAAGUUCUUGAUGAAGUUGAAAAAUAAAUUUGA